UAAGUGCAGUGAAAAUAUGAAAGUGAUUUGUGUUGUGACUUUAUUAACUGGGAUUAUUCCUGCAGUAAUUGCAGAACCAGAAGGAACUAAAAACUUUACAAUUUACUGGAAUGUGCCAACACAUCUUUGUGAAAGAGGUUCUGGAUCUGAGAAUAUUUCAUUUCGUAGUCUUCUGGAUGAAUUGAAAAUUGUUCAAAACCCUGGUGGAAAGUUUAGAGGAUCUGAAUUUACGAUUCUUUAUAGUCCAGGAUUGUGGCCGUCUAUGGAACAUAAUAAAACUGUAAACGGUGGAAUGCCUCAUCUUGGAAAUUUGACGGCACAUUUAGAAAAAUUAAACGAAACUAUUAUUAAGAAUAACACAGUUUCUGCAAAUUUUACUGGAAUAGCAGUAAUUGAUAUGGAAUCUUGGCGUCCAAUUUUUCGCCAAAACACAGGAUGGAUGAUUGUCUACCGAAAUUUAGUGUUUAACAACAUAACAGAAAAUAAUGAAACUUUAUCAAAAGCUUUAGAAGAACACAAAAAUAACACAAAAGAAUUCAACAAAUACAGAAAUUAUUUAUUUGAAAAAGCAGCGGAGAUUUUUGAACCAAAAGCUGUGGACUUUAUGAAUACAAGCAUAUCUGUAUUGAAGGAACUAAGACCUAAUGCUAAAUGGGGAUACUACGGUUUUCCGUACUGUUUUAAUAUGGGAAACGCCUCCCACGCAAGAGUUGAAGAUUGUCCACCAAUAGUGCAACGAGAAAACAACAGAACAGGAUGGCUAUUCAAAGCUUACGACUAUUGGUUUCCUUCAGUUUACAUUCCUAAAGAUCAUUUUAAUGCCACUGAACGUCAGCAGCUUGUUCAAGGACGCGUAAAAGAAUACAAUCGACUUCGAGAGAAGGACAAUCCAAAAGCUAAGAUAUUUCCCUAUAUUUGGCAUCUUUAUAAUCUUAAUGAAGAAUCUUUUCUAAACCAGACUGACCUUCAAAUGACAUUGGAAACCCUUAAAAAGGGCGGUAUGGAUGGAGCGAUAUUUUGGGCAAAAUCUGCAAAUGUUAAUUCGACACAUUUAUGUACAGAGCUUCGUAAUUACGUUAAUACAACUGUUAGAACUGUUCUUGAGAAAUUGAAUAUCCCUGUACAAAUUCAAGCGUAGAUAAGGGUGGGGUAUUUUCAGACAGUCGAAGUUUUUUUAAGACUUAUUUUCCAAACAUUUAUAAACUAAGUUAAAGGGUUAAAGUAAAUUAAAUCUUGCUAGUUUCACUUGGGUGUAUUUAUACUGGUGUUUUGAUAGUACAUACACACAGGGUCGGAUUUAGAAAUGUGGGGGCAAAAUGCCCAUUUGUAGGGGCCCCAAAAAUUUUUCGUUUUCCAACAGUGCCGCAUCCUUAAAAUUUUAUUAAUAAAGCUUUUCAAUGCUACAGGUAAAUUUAAGCAACUUUAAGUUUUCCUGAGACCUGUACGGAAAUUCUAUAAUAAUGUAACAACGUCAUAUAAUAAAUUUUCAUGGUUAAAUUCAGGAGCAGGAUGACAUUAAAUUUUAAUGAUUAAAGGUCGCUGAGUAACAACUGGCCAGUACCAUUGUGACCAUAGUAAGGGAAGAGCACCAGCGAUCGGCAGUGUUCCUCGGAUCGUCAAGUUAUUGUCAUAUUAUUGCACCAAUUAAAAUGGACAUUUAAAAAUUAUUAGCUACUUUUUACCAUUUAAUUCUUACAAGAAUACAAUGUAUUAGUGUAGAUUUAAUUUAUAAAACCAAUUUUCCAUGAGACACCUGAUUAAAUUCGUGACGAUCCGAGGUACAGAGUACACAGUAGCAAUUACAUCUAUUUUUUAUUAAUUUAUUGCAAAAUUUUAAAGUUCAAACGUACAGAUAUAGUUAAAUGGAUCACUAAUAUACCGAUUAGCAUACACAAAAAUACCAAAUAGUAUUUUGAGGCUUAUAUUUUCAACUAAAUAUCGAACAUGUCUCAACAUUCCGAUCCGGGGUACUUUUCCCUUACCAUAGAUUUUUUAAAGGGACAGAUAAUCCUAACCGGCUUAUGUAGGUGAGAUUCUUAACGUGAGCUAACUCGGAGUGCAUGCAAAUUCGAUUUAGAGCUGAAAUUGUGAGUCGCCAUUCAGUUAUCUUGAAUCAAAUUCGUGAAAUUAUACAAAUUUUGUAUUUAAACCAAAAUAUCAAGGAUUUGGAUGAACUGGCACAAAAGUGAUAUAUGGGUGAAAUGUAGACCAGAAUGUACUCUAUAAUUUUGCCGUAGAACUUGAUCUCAUCGAUUAAUUAGAAGCCGAGAUAAUCGAGGUUGUUUGUUUCUGAACUCGUUUUUUCGACCAGAGCGCCCCAAGUGUUCAUUUGAUGAACUUCAACUAUAUCAAAGAAUUGUUGUAUUUUGUGGGACUUUCCAUUUAAAACCAUAUUUUAAGUGUCUUGGUGGAGUAGAGGCAAUGAAAUUGGCAUCUGAGUGAUUUCAAAGCGUUAUUAUUGGAAAAAUCAAUUUUUUCACACUUAAACGGCAAAAUCGGAGUGAUAGCGUAGUCUGAGCGGAAAAUGAUGUAUGGACAAAAUAUAGAGACAAAUGUGCUCUACAAUUAUGUCGAAGUAAUCAUCAAAAUCGGUUCAGCGACAGUCGAGAUAAUUGAGGUUAUGUGAUAUUGAAAAUGGUUUUUCGACUGUGGCGCCCCUGGUGUUGGUCCCACGAAGUUCAAAUAUUCUAUAAAGUUGUAGCAUUUGGUGAGAUCUUUCGUUUAAGCCCUCAUUCAUCAAAAUCGGUCACAUAGAACCGGAGAUAUGAUUUUUUGAAUUUUGUGAACUUUGACCCCUCAUAUCUCCGGUUCUGUUUUAACCACAGCGCGCAUACGCACCAUUUUGGAAACGUCCUAGACUGGACUACAACAUACUAAAAUUUCAUUAACUUGCACAAUGCCGUUUUUGAGAAAAGUGACUUUGAAUUUCGAUGAAUUUUGACGCUAUCACAGCGCCACCUGUGGUAAAUUUUUGAACUUCCAUCUGAAAGUGCUCAUCGAGACGAAACCAAAAAGGUAAAAUUUAGGUCGCUCUGUUAGUUAGAACCGGAGAUAGAGGCCGGUCAAUGUUCGAACUUUGACCCCUUAUAGCUCGGGUCAGGGGUUUUAGAUCGACUUAAGGUUUUUUUUGUUUGAUAGGUAUAAUCAACGGCUACAACAUACUAAAAUUUCAGCCCGAUGCACAAUGGAAUUUUUGAGUUAUUUAACUUAUAAGAUUUAAAAAUUUUCUUUUUAAUAAUAGCGCCCCUAGCGGUGGUUUUAUGAACUUCCGAUGUUAGAAGAGGAAGUGGCAUUUCACGAGAGCUUUCCAAAAAGCCCUCUUUUUUUAAAUUCUGAUAAUUAGAACCGGAGUUAUGGCCAUUUUAAGAAAUUUUUUUUGGACCCUUAUAGCUCGGGUCAGGGGGGUCGAGGGACCUUAAGUUUGGUAUUGAUGGAAAGCUCUAAGGCCCAGCUAUAACAUACUAAAA